UUUUCUUUUUGGUGUUUCAUAGACCAAUACAUUCGUUUGUUUUUGGUUCCUUUCAAGCCCCAGGCCUCUCUCACUUCAAUACCAACAACAUGUCUGCUCUCGAAGCCAUCAAGUAUUCCCGGGGCAAGUUGGAGGUCCUGGACCAGCUGAGACUCCCUCAUGAGCACCACUACGAUGAGGUCUCCACCAGCGAGGAGGCCUUUGACUGCAUCAAGGCCAUGAGAGUCAGAGGUGCUCCCGCCAUUGCCAUUGUUGCUGCUUUGGCUGCUUCUGUUGAGCUUCACAACGGCAGCUGCACUGCGACCGGCACCGAGGAUGUCAUCAAGUACAUUGACUCCCGUCUGGACUAUCUCUACGAGUCCAGGCCAACUGCCGUUGAUCUUGGCAACGCCGUCAGAUUGCUCAAGAAGAUCGUUCGCGGUGUCAAGACGGAGGGCCUGACGGACGCUGAGGCCAAGGAGGCUAUCAUCAAGGCCUUCAUUGAGGCAUCCGAGGAGAUUUUGGCCAAGGAUCUCAAGACCAACAAGUCGAUUGGUGCGUUUGGUGCCAAGUGGCUUCAGGAGCAGUACAAGAUCACCGACGACAGCAAGAUUACUGUCAUGACCCACUGCAACACCGGAUCUCUCGCCACCUCCGGCCACGGCACCGCCCUCGGUAUCAUCCGUACCCUCCGCGACGAAGGCCUCCUCAGACACGCCUACUGCACCGAGACCCGCCCUUACAACCAGGGCAGCCGUCUGACUGCCUUCGAGCUUGUCCACGAGGGCAUCCCCGCCACCCUGGUGACCGAUAGCAUGGCCGCCGCCCUAUUCCGUCUGCGCAAGGCCGAGGAGAACAUUGCCGCCGUUAUCGUUGGUGCCGACCGUGUUGUUCGCAACGGUGACACUGCCAACAAGAUCGGAACGUACCAGCUUGCGGUCCUCGCCAAGCACCAUGGCAUCAAGUUCAUGGUUGCCGCCCCUACCACCAGCAUUGACGUUGACACCGAGACCGGUGAUGAUAUCGAGAUUGAGCAGCGCAAGCGUGAGGAGUUGACUCAGAUCAGCGGCGCUGUUGUUAACGCCGAUGGCUCCAUCGACACCAGCAAGUCUGUCAGAGUUGCGAUCGCUGACCAGAGAAUCGGCGUAUGGAACCCUGGUUUCGAUGUGACUCCCCACGAGUACAUCGAUGCCAUUGUCACCGAGAAGGGCACCGUGGUGAAGGGAGAGGAUGGCAAGUUCCACUUUGAGGACCUGAUGCCUGAGAGAUUCCAGUAGAUAUACAUACAUAGACCUGGCGGUUAGACUUGGCGAUAUGGUUUCGGCGUUGAGUGGCAGGCGUAGGGCAUAGGUAUUAGAAAAUUCAGGGUUUUGAU